AUGGUUACCAAAAUUAGGACGAGCACAAAUUUGCUUGCUCCAACGGUCGGAAGAGACGGGACGCAUGACAGAAACCAGAUACGUCUGCAACGUCUGCUUCUAGAGUCCCAUUUAGAAAGACUGUCCAAAUCGACAGUUUAUGAAAUGCCAAUCAGAGAGUGGGUUGGUCGUCGAAACGCAACGUCCUUCGGACCGAGCCUCAGUCCAAUCGCAGUGCCCUUUCCCACUUUAUCUCGUCCUUUCGCCUACAACUCACUUCUCCUCGGUCAGCCCAACUUUGGCGUAGCCAAUCUGCCCAGCCACACUCGGCUCUAUGCUCGCUUUUAUCCCGCAGCCGCCGGACAGUGUGCCAGAUCAAGUGGAUUACACGAAACCCAAUCACCUACACCCACAAUCCUCCACAUCGGCCAACUUCUGCUUCUCCAAUUGGCUAACUCUAAGCACUCGAGCCCAAAUCCACACCAUCUUAGUCUUCAUUCCAGCAAGUUUUUCUGA